GACCCGUGUUGGGAUUCGGCCCUAGAUAGUUUUAAACGACUGUUUUGUUUUCCUAGGAUGUUAGACGACAAUGAGAGAUUGGGGUUUCAGUGAAUUACUUACAAAUUAAAUCAUUUUCGAAGUGCUUAUUGUGUUAACAUUAAAUAUAGCACGAUAAGAGAGGCACAGCUGCGCUAUUUUAGCUCUGCGGAUAAACAACAGUUAGAUAAGGUUGCUAACUAGCGUUUACGUCGUGCUAAAUUACGUUCCCUAGCUAGGUAAUCUUCCAGCGGGAUUGGUCGUCGCGGUUAGUUGCCAAGGAUAAACUAAAACUGCACACCAGCGGCGCAUUCGCGUCUCAAUCAAAUCAUAUUCACAAUGGACGUGAAUUUGACCAUUUCUCUGAUGAGAGGUCAGAUGGGAGUGGUGAUUGAGAAGGCCGUGAACGCGGCCGUGGAGACGGUGUUGGGAGAGAUGAUCCGGGUGAUGAGCCUCAAGUUCGAGCAGCUCCGGAGGGAAAUGACGGCCAAAGAGAAGGAGAACGAAGACAUCAGGAAGAUGCUGGAGACGACUCGGUGUCAGAUGAAGAUCCUGCGUCAGAAAUAUGUUAAUGCAUUGAACACUAAAGACGACAGACAUGCCUUUGCGCCACACAAAGCACAGAUGGGUCAGAUGAACACAACUAGACACACAGCCGGUCAACUGGACACAACCAGACACACAACCGGCCAGCUGGACACAACCAGACUCACAGCCGGCCAGCUAGACACAACCAGACUCACAGCCGGCCAGCUGGACACAACCAGACUCACAGCCGGCCAGCUGGACACAACCAGACUCACAGCCGGCCAGCUGGACACAACCAGACUCACAGCCGGUCAGCUGGACACAACCAGACUCACAGCCGGUCAGCUGGACACAACCAGACUCACAGCCGGUCAGCUGGACACAACCAGACUCACAGCCGGUCAGCUGGACACAACCAGACACACAGCCGGUCAGCUGGACACAACCAGACACACAGCCGGUCAGCUGGACACAACCAGACACACAGCCGGUCAGCUGGACACAACCAGAGCCCAUCAGGUCACAGCUGAUCAUGGGGUGCCACUGAGAAGACGUUCCUCAAACACAGGAUCACCCUGUGCUGAACCUCUCACACUUGCUCUCAAACCCCGAAACCCUGAACCAGGUCAUACAGCGCUGCCUGUCGCUAAAACUCAUAAAGUGGUCCAUGAAGCUGUCCCUACAGAGAGCUGCCAAAAUGCUGAAAUUUUCAAUGAGGAGGUUCCGGGAUUAAAAGUACAUCUGGGAUUGAAAGUGGAGAACUCAAGUGGCACCGUACCAGAGAGCAUCAAUCCUCUAUGGAGUCAAGCACCUCAAACGUCCACAGAUGCUGAACACACAGAGAUCGCAGACCCAAACCCCAUGGCUUAUACAAGCGAGGUGCUGAUCCCAGUCAUGGCAGACUGCCGAGAGCCCGACUUAAAGAUUAAACAGGAGGAAGCCGAGGUCGAAAUUGUCGAGGUGAAGGAAGAGCAAGCUGAGCCGUCCACUUCGGAGCUUCCUAGGAUUGAACUACAUCAGCAUUCGGCUGGAGCAGGAAUAGCCAUAGAGCUGCCAGUGACUCAACAGUGCAUCCAGAUACCUUCAGUCACUGAACCGGCCUUCAUGGGUGUGGACCCAAGCACAUAUACCGAGUCUCAGCUUGCUGUGGCAGAUACGCAAAGGCAGAUGCACCCGUUCUGUAAAGAUCUGAUGCUGUAUGAGGAUUACAAGAGGAAACGUAUAGAAGUGCGUAAACGCAGCGAGACCCGACGGCGCGAGCUGGAGCGGACACUUCCGCAGGCUCUUCUGGCCGACCUGGUGAAGGAACGCAGGGAAAAGACUCGACUCCGAGUGGCCCGCUGGAGAGCCAAACGCAAGCUGCAGGCCUGCCUGAUGGCGCAGGCGGCACAAUUUAACAGUACGCAGGCUCUCUACACUCAGCACAACGGCAGGAGGAGAGCAGGGGCCGCUCCACAGCAGGGGGGCAUCGGCCUUGGCACGGCCCAGUCCGAGACUGGUGUGUACACCAUGCCGCUGCAGAUGGGCACCAGUCCUCUAUUGACAGCACAAAGACUCAGCAUGGCUGAGGGUCAAAUGCAGCCUGGAGCCUCUGUGUUUGUGCAACAGAGAACUUCAGCAGCUGGAUCUGAGACCUACCAGUGAAACUUUAAAAAUUGUUUUGGCACAGCGAUACAGAGAGGACGUGCAUUUCUGACCUGCAUACUUUGUUUUUACAGUGUGUUUAUAAUAAGCAUUAUCAUCAUAAAAGGAUAAAAAGGUGAACCAUCCAACAAGAAGAUGGCUUUAGACGCUUGAUGGACAUUUUCUUGCAUACGAAAAAGAAAACAAAAUUCUUGUAGUUCUUAAGGAACCCAAAGAGCUACUAUUCCAUAUUUUAACGUUGCUGGAAGGAAUGUGUACACAGGAUUUCUCAACCUUGUACAUCAUGUGCAUCAGAGUUCACUGUGCUUUAGGGCUGCAACUAACGAUUAUUUUCAUCAUCGAUUAGUUGGCCGAUUAUUUUACCGUUUAAUUGAUUAAUUGGAUGGGGCGGGGCAAACUUUCAGUGCACUUUUUGGGGGUUUAUUUUUAAAAUAAAAUCCACAAACUGAGUGUUACAAAUAUAAACUUCAGACUAAAACUUUACACAACUGUUUGUCCAAAACAGAAAAGAAGCCAACACACACACACCAGAAUAUAUAUUAUUAAUUUAGGACUGUAGUUUAAUUCGGUGCUUUUUGUGCAUCCAUAAAAGUAUUUAUGCGUUAUUUUUUUUAUGGAUGCACAAAAAGCACCGAAUUAAACUACAGUCCUAAAUUAAUAAUAAAAACCCCCUUUCAUUGCAUCUUGUGGUUUCUGUUACUCAUUGCCUUUAGGAAUAUUAUUUUACUUGUGUUUACUUUUGAUCAUAAUGUUUUAAUUAGACAUUACAGAUCUUACUCACGCUACACUCUAUAUCAGCGCGUCUACACCGCAUGCGAUCAGCAACGCGUCCUCGUUACUAAUAUAUCACAUCCGUUAUAAUAAACAACAGAAUUUACACUGCUAGCGAGCAAAUACAUCAUAUAAUGACAAUAAACUGGAAUUAAAUUAAACCUUUUAAGCAGCUUGCACCAGUUUCCCCUGCCCCUUACACACAGUGGAACGUUUUAGAUAUAAACAUAAGUUGGUGCUCGUGCAGCGGUGUUUAAUAUAAAAUGCUCCCUGCCUUAGAGGACUUUCUUCCUCAGUCACGUGACGUUUUCGUCUCCGUCUGAUGGAGAUUGAGAUCAUGUUAGGAAUAAAAGUUAACGCUAACAGAAAGUAAACUGAAGAAAGUCAUUGUCCGUGACUCUGGGUGUCUGCUAAUGCUAGCGUGCGUAUGACGUCAUGCGCCGUCGCCUAGAAGCGGCUUAUACUUCCGGUUAGUUAAAAAAAAAGAAAAAACACACGUGUUAUAUUUGAGAUGAUAGUACCUUUGUAAAAUCCACACACUAGACAGUAGUGCAGAGUGCAUAGUGUAAGUGUGCAGUACUUCAUUUGGGACACAACUUUAGUAUUUACUCUCCGAAGCGUGUUUUCGGAACAGAAGUAACGUAAUGAGGAAAUCUCCCCCGUGCGGCGCGCAGACCAACUAAACGAUAAUGAGAUUCAUUGACGAAGAUUUUCAUAAUUGAUUAUUAUCGAUUUUAUCGAUUAGUUGUUGCAGCUCUACUGUGCUUGGACCUGAUACACGAUGAAAUCUUCAGGGGCCACAUGAAAGACGUGUCAGAUGAAGCAAUUGCUGAAUUCUGACUGAUAGGACAGCUAUAUGCCAGGAAGGACAAUCAAUUUAAAGGACUGGACCUUGAGGCUUGCAGGAAUAAGAAAGAAACACGCUUCUACCAAUGAAUGGGACGUAUUAUAGGCUAAUUCUUACGCUUGAAGUCCAGUUGUGUGUUUUUAUAUACCAAAACAUUUGUAAUUGUAUCACUGUUUAUCAACCUUUCUUUACCCCUUACAAUUAAAAGUUGUUGUUUUUUUGUCAAUGUGUCUUUAGGACUAAUAUUUGUAAAUCACAUCAGUACAGAUUGGCUGAGCACAUCUCCUAAAAUAUGUAAUACACUGUGAUGAAUAAUGGCCUAAUUAAUGUCUCCCUGUAGAUACAAAUUAGUUGUCAGUAGGACAACAGCUGGCUAUCUUACAUUGUUUUCCAAGUUAUAAUAAAGAAUGGAAAAUUCUAAAGUU